AUGAGAUCAGUGGAUAUAUCGCUGCGGGUCACAGACACAUUACAGGCAGCGCAUGAACUAAGCAUAUCUGCUGUGGGCGCCGCCAGCCACCGUGCUCGAGUCGCAAUACUCAACAUGGCGUCGCCCCUCCGGCCCGGCGGAGGCGUGCUAUCUGGCGCCUCAUCGCAGGAGGAGUGGCUGUGCACGAGAACGACGUUGUACCCCUCGCUUCGGGAGGAGUUCUAUCGUCUUCCUGAAGUUGGCGGGGUGUAUACGCCUGACGUGCUGGUCUUCCGGAGCUGGGACUCUGCUGCUUCGGAGCUCGAUAAGAAGGACCGCUUCUAUGUGGACGUAAUCACAGCGGCUAUGCUCAGGUUUCCAGACAUUGAGGGAGAAGGUGGAGAGGCUGGCUACGCGGAGCAGAAAGACAGGGACCUAGUCAUAAGCAAGAUGCGGGCCGUCCUGCGAAUAGUGCGCUCCAAAGGAGUUGACAAGGUCGUGCUUGGUGCUUGGGGCUGUGGCGCAUAUGGAAAUCCUGUCAGAGAGAUUGCUAGAGCAUGGAGACGAGUUCUCCUUGGCGCAAGAUCUAGAAGAGAUCCGGUGGUCAAGAGAAAGGGGUUAAUAGAUGAGGGAUGGGACGGUCUCGAAGUCGUUUUUGCUAUCAAGGAUAGCCGCAUGGCCGAGCACUUCGCUAAAGAAUUCGGCGAUGGUAUCGUAGUCGAACAGUCUCGCAUCCCCUCGGCAGAUGAGAGCUCUAUUGACGGAGAAGAAGACGGCAUAGAGUGUGCUUGA